AAAAAAAAUGAUUUUGCGGAAAAAAAAAUUCUCUGGAACGCCGAUUCUGAAUUUUCAAAGAUGAAUAUUUCGAUCUUGUUGCGACAUUCUGGAAUAUGGAAAAGUGAUGUUAUGUAUGAGCGAUGCAAAAGUGAUGGGAUAGUGGUUGAUGAAAAUAUUUCGUUCAUGAAUCUUAUUUCAGCAAUUGCGGCUGAGCUGGGUAUUGACGAACCGAAAAAAAAUAUAGAGAUUAGAUAUGUUGUUGAAGGGAAUUCAUCUCCAUUGUGUAUUAGGACUCAUAUGGGUGUAAAAUUGUAUAUAGAAAUUAAGAAACAUAAGGCUGAUUUCGGAACUUAUCCUUUUUGCAUUGAUACUUCAGAUAAAGGUGUUGAAGAGAUAAUAAAUUUCGAUGCAACAACAGGUGUCAUCAUGUGUGUUGAGGGUGAAAAAAGCGACGCAAAGACUCUCAAUAUUAUUGAAUCAUCAAUUGAUGAUGCAUAUUACAUACCAAAAAUGGAUGUUGAUAAGUAUAUAUCAGACACCAAUAAUUCAGUUGUGGAAGAGAAUCAAAUAUAUAAAGGAUAAGUCAACUCUGAAGGCGGUAAUGGAAAAUUAUAAAAUAAAGAAUAGUUUCAACUUUAAAGUUAAAAGAUCUGAUAACAAAAGCUACGUAUUAAUUUGUCAUUCAGACGAUUGUUGUUGGAAAUUGAAGGCAUCUGUUAGGAAAAAUUCAGAAACAUUCAUAGUGAGACACUUUAAUAGUGAACAUACAUGUCCAUUAAGGGAUAGGGUAUUAAGCAAGGUACAAGCCACAGUUGGAUUUGUUAGUGGUGUGACAGCGCCUAAAUUAGAAAAUCAUAAAAGAAAACAUACUCCUAGCGAUAUAAUUGAAGAUAUCAGGGAAAUGUAUGGCGUUGAAAUUUCUUAUCAACAAGCAUGUCGCGCAAAAGAGCGUGCAUUGGAACUUAUAAGAGGUAAACCUGCUAAUGGAUACAUAAACAUGCCAAGAUACAUAUAUAUGCUUGAAACUGUGUAUCCAAAUUCAUAUAUAAGGAUGCAUAAGUCUGAAUACAACGAAUUUAUGUAUCUUUUCAUAUCACUAAGGCCAAUGAUGAGAGGAUUUGAGUUCUGUAGGCCAAUUGUUGUUCUUGAUGCUUCACAUCUUAGUGGAGCUUAUCGAGGUACAUUUGUGUCUGCUAGUACACUCGAGGAGCAGGUUGCAUAUUGCCUUUGACGUACGAAAUUGUUGACACGGAGAAUGAUUGUUCAUGGACAUGGUUCUUUCAACAAUUUAAGAAUGCAUUUGGUGAGAGGGAAAAAAUGUGUGUUGUAUCUGACAGAAAUGAAAGCGUAAAGAAAGGUGUGAGUAUUGUUUAUCCAACUGUUCCUCAUUUUGCAUGCAUAUGGCACCUCUGGAAAAAUGUGUGUUUAAACUUUAGGAGAAGCAGGACCAUUCUAAGUGAUCUGUUUUAUUCAAUGGCUAAGGUUUAUAGAAAAGAUGAUUUUGAAAAAUUGAUGGCUAAAUUGGAUAAAAUAGAUGGAAGAGUAAAAAAGUAUCUUCAAGAUGCUGGGUAUGAAAGGUAGUCUAGGUCUCAUGCAACAGUGAACCGUGGGAGAAUGAUGACUUCAAAUAUAGUUGACUGUAUCAAUGGUUGCCUUGUUGAUGCACGACAACUACCUAUUAUAGAUUUUUUGGAGAAAGUUAGAAUUCUAUUUGGUUCUUGGAAUUGCAAAAAUAGAGAAAUAGCUUCUUAUACAAAAGAAACAUAGGGUAGAAGAUUUGAAGAAAUGUUGGUUUUGAACGCAUCAAAAAGUGCAAAAAUGAAGGUUGUUGUAUCUUUCUGAGUUUAUUUUUUCAGUGUAUGAAGGUGGGAUUAGAUACAUUGUUUGUCUUGAGAGGAAAACUUGUUCAUGUGGAAGAUUUCAACUUGACGAGAUACCUGUCCACAUGCAAUAGCCAUCUUGAAGAAGAAGAAUAUAACAGAUAACACCCCUACUGCUCUUAUUAUUAUAAACACGAUGCAUUAACAAAUACUUAUGCAAUUCCAAUAGAAUCAAUGCCAGACAAAAGAGAAUGGAAAGCUCCGGAUUCUGUUUUGGAAGAAGUGGUCUUGCCACCUAGAUACAAAAAUAUGCCUGGGAGACCAAGAAAAAAGAGAAAGAAAAAUCCAGAUGAAAAGAUAACAACAAAAACGAAUUGUUGUGGACGUUGUGAUAAAGAAGGUCAUAAUAAAAGAACAUGUACCUUCUUUCCAAAAGAUUCUUGAUUUAUAUUUUUUUUAGUAUCUUUGAUGUGUACUAAUGUUUCUGGAUAUUUUUAAUUUUAUAAU